AUGCAGACAUUCCGUGUGAGCCUGCUGCUGCUGCUGGCUGCCUUGCCACUGCUGUGCCAUGCCUAUCCUGCAGUGGACAAAUCCCUCUCCCUGGAGGAUGUAUCCUCGGAUCUGGACAACGAUCAGGGCGAGAGCGUGAAGGAGUCACAGAUAGCCAAGCGUUCCGGCAGCUUCGAUUAUGUGGCGCACCUGAAGUCGGGUCUGCUGUCGGGCAUUGGCCAGGCCUCGGCCUCGAUUGCGGGUGGAAGUUCUGGUGGCAGCCAUGGCGGAGGCGGCGACAGCUACAAGUCCCACGAGAUUGUGGUCCAUGGCAACUCUGUGGACUAUGAUCCGUGGUCGUUCAAGAAGUCCGUGCUGAACACCAUCUUCCAGGCGGUCAAGGCCAUCACUGGCGGCGUGACUGCUCUCAAGGGACAGCUGAUCAAGGGCAGCGGCUAUGCCCUGAGUGCGGGUGGCAAUCUGGUGGCAGCCGGCGGCGACAAGGUCACCGAUGUGGGCAAAUCCAUCAUCAAUUCGGCGCACAUCAACUCCCACACCUAUUCCACUAGUCACUCCAGCGGCAGCAGCGGCGGACUCUUCGCGAAGCUCAGCUCCCUGUCCGGUGCCUCUUCCGGUGGCAGCAGCGGCCACAAGUCCGCCCCCUCACCCGUGAUCCAUACUGAUACCAUCACCACGUACGAGAUACCCAGUGGCCAUGCCAGCUACGGCCCGCCAUCCAAGCCCCCGUCCUACAGCAGUGCCACGCACCAGUAUCUGCCCCCGGUUGGUGGCAGUUAUGGCGGCAGCGGCGGCGGUGCGCCAUUCAGCGUCAGCCAUUCGGCUGCCUUUGAGGCACCAUCCAGCAACUAUCUGCCAUCGGCCUAUGGACACGAUGCGCCCAGCGCCCACAGCAAUGACUUCAACAUUUAUGGACGCCACACGAAGCUGACGGAUGACGAGGCACGCCGAGCGGCGAACCAACUGCAGGAAAUUCUCAAUCUGCUGCCCAAUGGCAAGACUGAGUACACGGCCUCCAAGACGGUGGAUUUGCCCACGGGUGGCGCGGGACUGGAGCAAGCGGAGGUCUACAACAGCUAUGGAUUGCCGCUGCCCAAUAAUCUGGGCACUCUGGAGUCCCUCUCGCACACGGAAUCGAUAACUGCAGCGUAUGGACCGGCUGGGAAGAAUCCCGCGGAUGUGUACCAUCAGAUGGCCAAGAGGCCGAGCGGAGGACAGACUGCCGAGGAGCUGUACAUUCAGAAGCAUCCCAAUGAGGGCUAUGACUACCCACCACCAGCACAGGCACCCUCCGUAGUAACCUCAACCCCACAGGUUGUGAAUGAGUAUCGUGUGGAGAACUAUCAUGCCACCAAGAGCAACGCCCUGAAGGAUUUGUCGCCCAUCAUUGCCGCCCUGGAGGUGGCCAAGCGGAAGGGCAAUUACCACCAGAGCGGACCCGUGAACUAUGCCAUCGAGAAGCAGGUGCACAAGGAGUUGCCCUUCAACUAUCUGCCGCCGGUGGUGCAAAAGUCCAAGUACGUGUACAGUGCCCCACCGCCGGGUCGCCAGAGCCACAGCGGAGGCUACAAGGUGCGCCGCCAUGUGCCGAAGCGUGUCUUCCGGGCACAGGACUAUGAGAUUCAGGAUCCCUUGAUGUUCAACCGACUGCUGGAGGUGUAAACCGGAGAGACCAAAGUGUGCUAGAACCUAGUUGUAGUCCUCUAAGUCAUGUGCAGCAUUUAAUCCUAGAUCGUUUACAGUUAACUUAUUUAUGUUAUCCUCAUCGGCAUCGUUAUAUCGUGAUUAAUUAUUUAUUGAGCAGCCUCCCCCAGCAUAUGCCCAAAUAAAAGAGAGAAUAGUCCCAAAGCACAGCAUGAAUCAGACACCGAGCACCAUUUCCCCAUUCCCUUUUAUCUUCGCUAUUCCUCUUUCUUUCUCCUUUCUGUCUUGCACUGCUUGCCCGCACCCACACAGCACGUCUACACCCUGCAACCCGCAACCAUCAAAUCAGCCGGAUAUCCUUCUCACCUCUCACCGCUCUCUUUACAGUCUACCAGCAGUAGUCGCCACCUCGGCCACGUAGCCACGUAGCCACGUAGCACCUUCCAGCCUCGUAGCGGACCAGGACCGAACUGUUGCUGUGGACCAUGCCCAUUCCGUUUUACAGCACUCUCCGCCUUCAUGUAUCCUAGAGUUAGUCAAACCGUUCCUGCCCUUCCGCCACCCCCACCACCACCAUAACUUUUGUUGCAAUUCCCCCUCUCAUUCUAAACGCAUUUCCCAAUCCGAUGAAAACGUUUUCUAGAAUCUUUUUGCGGGUGCCAACCAACCAAACAAUCAAGU